AUAGCAACCGAUCAGCGCACAGCUGUGGCUAACAUCCAGGGAUGUGAUUGGUUGUCAUGGGCAACUCGCUUAUCAUAUACAUACAACAAGAGAGCCAUAAAGGGGAUCGGUUCCAGUCAGGGGCGGACUGACAACUCAUGGGGCCCCGGGCAAGAGGGGUUCAUGGGGCCCCUGUGUCCUUGCCCAAACUCAAAAAAGCGUAUGAAAUGGUACCAGGGGCAUCUCAUGGGGCCCCCUACUGACCCCAGGCCCUCAAGCAGUGUGAGUUUCCCAAUGGUUAAUCCGCCCCUGGUUCCA